AUGAAGAUUCAUUUAACUUCCGAUGAGAUUAACUUGCUGGUUUAUCGUUAUUUGAUUGAGAAUGGGUUUGUACAUACGGCAUUUAGCUUUAAUUCAGAAGCAAAUGUACCAAAAAAUCCAUUCUUCACAACCCAGAUGGAGAGAGUACCUCCAAAUGCUCUAGUGGGAUUUCUUCAAAAGGCUCUGCUCUACAUCUAUUUAGAAUACCACACUUCAGAUGAGACAGGAGAAGAGAUUAGAUGUGAAGAACCUUUUUCAAUAUUUAAGAGACAUGAAUGUUGGUGCAGACCUUUGGAACAGAUCGGAUCAAAUACGGAAAUUACAGAAGCUCAACCUUCUUGUUCAAACUUGGAAUCUACCGGAGGAGUGGAAGAGAAUAUGGGAGUUGACGCCUCUUCUUCUAUUGCAGACAAGAAUACUACUGCUGUAGAGGACUUAGUGGACACAACAGUACAGCCUCCAACUAAGAAAAGCAGAAAGUCUAGAUCUAUUAGUUCAAAUUUGGCUUUAGAUUCAGUAGUCCAGACUAACACGCUUGAAGUACAGCAUACAUUAGAUGAAACCUUAAUGCCAAAUAAAGAUGUACCAGAAUCUUUUCAAGACAAUCUAAUUAAAACCGGCUCAACAGUAGCAUCAAAAUACGGUUCAGCAGUGAAGGCCAGAACGGAUGGAGAAGCUAAAGACAACCAAAAUUUACCAGUAAGUAUAAAAGGAGAAGAUCCAAAUGAUAUAGAAUCAAAACAAAUUAAAAGUGAGAAAAGCUCUAUAACUAUGGUAGAUGAUUCCUCUGAAGUGGCAAUGGAGGAAAAGAAUAUUGGUUCUGACAAAGUUAAUAUUACUGAUAUUAACACAAAUAUUAAUGGAGAUUGUCUUAACACAGUAGAUAGACAGACGGCUGGAUCAGUAACUUUGCCGUUAUCUGAUAAGUUUUUGUCAGAUAUUCCACAUUUCAAACUUUUCAGGAAAGGAGAUUGUUCAAAUGGAAUAAGAGAAGUACAGUUCAGUAAAAGACAAGAAUUUCCAAAUAAGCUAGUGAUAACUUGGGAAGAAGGGUGCCCAGAACUUUGGGAAAUCGAUCCAAAUAGCCAAAAGAGAGAUCUAGAGAGUUCAAUAAUGCUUCCAGUUUCUGAGGGAGGAAAUAUGAUAGCUGGAACAGUGGUAACAAUGAGCAAUGAUUACAUAGUAAUUGGGUAUGAAAAUGGAAGAGUGACAUUAUUUUCUUAUAGUGGAAAGGAGCUUACAACGAUUAGAAGUAGCCAUGAUCAAGAAUCUCCAAUAGUUUCUCUUAAAUUGAGUGGAUCCAGUGAGUAUUUGGCAAUUGGGGAUGCUACAGGAAAUGUUAUGGUUUUAAGAAUAAGUUUUGAAGAAUCAUUAGGAUGCUACAAAACUCAAAUCAUUAAUGAACAUCAACAUAAUUCAGCAAUUUUUGGACUUUGCUGGUGUAGCAAUGACUCAUUCUUGCUUUCUGGGUGCCUUGAUAGGCAAAUAACGGUAUUGGACAUAAGAAAUAACAUGGUAAAGUCUUUCAGCCAAGAAGGACCAAUUCUCUCUAUUAAUCAAGUAAGCCAAGAAAGUCCUUUUGUAACUUGUAUGUUGGAAGGGGUUUCAACAAUUCCAGUUUUAAAAAUUUCCAGAGACGAUGAUGAUAUAAAUCUACAAUGUACUGCAAAGAUUUCUAUAGAUAAUGAUCAUUUGGGGCUUAAAGAAGAUGGCCAAAAUACUCAAACUUCGUCUCAGAUUAACUUUAUUGAGAGCAACAUAAUGGAUGGAGAAGUAUUCCAUAUUGUAGCAACACCAUAUAAUAUUUACUUAUUUGAUAAGCUUUGUAAUUUGUUAUCCUGUCAAAAAAUCACGAACAAAGAGUCAGAACCAAAGGAGAUUGUUUCCAUCUGUGUUGAUAACAAAUCCAAAACAAUUCUUGUAGGAAUUAAUGAUGGAUCAGUAACUUUACUUGAACUUUCAUCACUUGAUAUUAAAUCAAAAUUCUUAGAGAAGAACUCUUUAAUGAAACCAAUCUCAUCAACUGGAGUCGGAUUAGUUUCAAUAAAUUCAUCUGGGAAUUUAAUAUUUGUUGGAGGACCAAAUCUACCUGCAAUUUAUAUUUUUGGUUAUUAA